UAGGGAUGGGUAUCCAAUAUUCGUUAGCUAGUCGGUCAUGUGUAUAUCUUAUAUAUUUAGGGAUCUAGAUCAAUUAAUUAAGGGAUCUAAACUUGCUUCGCUUAGCUUAGCUUAACUAAGGGGCCAGGGCUCUCUAAUCUCUCUAAAGGAUAUAUGGUCAUAAAUCAAAUUACUAAAUCAGGUAGCUGGCCGGUUUUUCCUCUAAUAUUUUACUUGUUUUGGGUUUUGGAUCAAAAAUAUUUUACAUGGUUCAAGCUACCCUUAUUUAUAUAUCGAUCAUGAUAUACAAUCCAAUUCAUGCUUGUUUGGCUCACUAGCUCCUACUUCUUCUUCUUCUUCCUUUUUUUUUUUGUGAAGGUUUUCAAAUGUACUAAGGGGUGCAUUUACUGUGUUAUAUGUAUAUGCAUAUACGGUUAUUUUUUUGGUUCUUCCUCUCUUCCCAAAAUUUUCCCCAAGUUUUAAUUUCUUGUGCCUAAGCAUUCGGAGUCAUUCUCAUAAAUUAAUUAACAAUUAGGUACGUAAGACGUACUACGUGCUUCUCCUUUUGUAUGCAAAAUUCGUAUAUAUAGCUUAAAUUGGUUAGGCUCAUCUAAAGAUCCAUAAGCUAGCUCAACCUAUGAUUCAAUAUGACAAACAUUAAUUUUAAAUAAAGUAAAUUUCGUUCUAAAAAAAAAAAAAAUCGUUCUAAAAAGGAUUUCCAUCAUCACUGUAAAACUUCAAUUCACAGCACGAAAAUGUAGUAGAAAAGUAAUAUAGGGAUAUAUUUUUUUUUUUUUAAAGAGGAUCAAAGGAUUUCACUCCUACCCCCAUAGUGACUCGAACCCAUGACCUCGAUCUUAGGUAGUAAGUGCUCUAACCACUGAGUAAUAUAGGGAUAUUUAGUCCCUCUUCACCUAGCUUAAUUAGUUUGCAAAGUCCUCCAUCAGUAACCAUUAUAUAUAUAGAGACCAUGUAUUUGGGAAGUUGUUCCCUUUUUUUUUUAAAAGAGUAAGAAGAAAAAAAGGAACAUAGGAGGGGGACCAAACCAAACCUCCCUACAAGAGCAACGAAAAGAAAUAAGCUAUCGUAACCGAAAUUGGGGAAAACCCAAUUGGUCACUCUGACAAUGCGAUAAAAGAAAAGAUGGUGGAGCAUCCCACCACACCAUAUUAGGAGCAGUCGUACCAUAAUUCGCCAAAGCAUCAGCUACCUUAUUACCUUCACGAAAAAUAUGAGAUACACGAAAAGUCAUUUGAGAAAUCUUGAACAAGCAAUUGAGCCAGCUAAUACGAAGUUGCCAGGGGACCAACAAAUGAGAUUUAAUAAAAUCCAGAAGCCAACAAAGGAGAUUUAAUUAGAUGCAGUCACUUGUUUAAUAUGAAUUCCAGUAUCACAGUUCCAGUAUGUAGUAGUAGAUCCAUCUUAUAUAGAUUCCACUACUCUUGGAAAGUGGCACUAUCACUUCACUAGUCGUAUAUCCGGUCAAAAUAAUUCGUCAUCACAAUAUAUGUUUAAUCAUGUUUAGUACGAGAAAAUUAGUGAUAAUCAAUUAUGAGUUGCAUACUUGAUUUUGAUCAACAGACAACUAUAUAUAGCUGUGUGUUUAGCUAGUGCCAUGAAGUGCAAUCACGUACAAUUUUUUAGCUUGCCGUAGAACACUACGCAAUCUUUAAGCUGAAGAUUUUGAAGUUAGAAAUGACAAUAUUUCAUAUUCGCUGAUUUUGAUGUAUUUUGUAUAUGUUUAUUAAGUUGGAAAGAAAUUCAGGAUUGUAAUCGAGGAAGAUGAACGCUUUAGUAGCAACAAACAGAAAUUUUAAGUUGGCUGCUCGACUGUUGGGAUUGGACUCGAAGCUUGAACAGAGUUUACUCAUACCAUUUAGGGAAAUCAAGGUCGAGUGCACUAUCCCCAAAGAUGAUGGCAGUUUGGCUUCAUAUGUUGGCUUCAGAAUUCAACAUGACAAUGCUAGAGGCCCCAUGAAGGGAGGCAUCAGAUAUCACCCAGAGGUUGAGCCAGACGAGGUGAAUGCCUUAGCACAGCUGAUGACAUGGAAGACGGCGGUAGCUAACAUCCCAUAUGGUGGUGCCAAGGGUGGGAUAGGAUGUGAUCCAGGGAAGCUCAGUAUUUCAGAGCUUGAGAGACUCACCAGAGUUUUCACCCAAAAGAUUCAUGAUCUUAUUGGAAUCCACACUGAUGUUCCAGCACCAGAUAUGGGCACUGGUCCACAGACCAUGGCUUGGAUACUUGAUGAGUACUCCAAAUUCCAUGGCUACUCACCUGCAGUUGUCACUGGGAAACCUACUGAUCUUGGUGGAUCAUUGGGAAGAGAUGCAGCAACUGGAAGAGGAGUACUUUUUGCAACAGAGGCUUUACUGAAUGAGUAUGGGAAGACCAUCUCCGGACAACGCUUUGUUAUACAGGGAUUUGGGAAUGUGGGAUCCUGGGCUGCCCAACUCAUUCAUGAGAAAGGUGGGAAAAUAGUUGCAGUGAGUGACAUCAGUGGAGCUAUAAAGAACAGCCAAGGACUUGACAUUCCAAGCCUACUCAACCAUGUCAAGGAACAAAGAGGUGUCAAGGGCUUCCAUGGCGGGGAGUCGAUACAAGAUUCCCACUCAAUUUUAACUGAAGACUGUGACAUUCUCAUUCCUGCAGCACUUGGAGGUGUCAUCAACAGGGAAAAUGCAAAUGAUAUAAAAGCCAAAUUUAUUAUCGAAGCAGCUAAUCAUCCCACUGACCCCGAAGCGGAUGAGAUCUUGUCAAAGAAAGGUGUUGUUAUUCUUCCUGAUAUAUAUGCAAACUCUGGAGGAGUCACUGUUAGUUACUUCGAAUGGGUGCAGAACAUCCAAGGUUUCCUGUGGGAUGAAGAAAAAGUGAAUAAUGAGCUGAGGACUUACAUGACUAAAGGCUUCAAAAAUGUCAAGGAGAUGUGCAAAACCCACAACUGUGACCUCCGGAUGGGAGCCUUCACUCUCGGAGUUAACCGCGUUGCACGGGCUACUGUCCUCAGGGGAUGGGAAGCCUAAUGGACCGACCACCACCUCCCAGUAAUGCUGCCACAUUGAAUAAGGAUUAUGAUGAGGUUCUUCUCUGAUGAGAGUCACUCGAGUAGUUUCAUUAAUGCAUGUUUAGUAAUUGAUAUUGCUGCUUUUGUUUUCUUCAACAAAAGUUCCCUUACUUACUAUUUUUGGUAGUGUUGCAUCUGCCUGUGUUUUGACUAUCGUUAAUUCUGGUUUCAAACGAUCCCUCAAUUUCAGUA